UUGAUCUUUCUGGUUGAUCUCUCUCGAUAAUUAUCACAUGGAGCGAAACCCACCAUAUCAUUAUUUUCUCUUCAUUAUCCUUGGCAUAUCACUAGCAACAAUGGCACCAUUAUUAUUCACAACAUUUAUGUCAUCACCACCUUCAUUAGAAUUACCAACAAAUUAUUCACAACCGUUAGAUGUAACUACAUCACAUAAUUUCACCAAAGUGUGUGAUUUGAAUACACCAACAAUCAUGCACAACAUGGACGAUGAAGAGUUGUUCCUCAAAGCAAGUAUGGUCCAAGGAAUCCAAGAUUAUUUUCCUAAGAACAAAACUAAUAAUAAUAUUGUUCCAAAGGUAGCAUUCAUGUUCUUGGUGAGAGGUGCAUUGCCCUUAGCACCAUUGUGGGAGAGCUUCUUCAAAGGACACAAAGAGUUCUACUCCAUUUACUUGCAUCAACAUCCUUCUUUCAAUGAAACCUUGCCUCCAGAUUCUGUUUUCUUUGGAAGAAAAAUCCCUAGCAAGAUCUCCAACUUUGUGAUUGGACUGUAUUUCCUAAGUGUUGUAAACAAUUUUGGAAUCACCAGUGUGUACUUGGGGUUCUCAACUGUGUGUAUUCUUGCUGUAGCAUUCAUGUUCUUGGUGAGAGGUGCAUUGCCCUUAGCACCAUUGUGGGAGACAAAGGACACAGGACACAAAGAGUUCUACUCCAUUUACUUGCAUCAACAUCCUUCUUUCAAUGAAACCUUGCCUCCAGAUUCUGUUUUCUUUGGAAGAAAAAUCCCUAGCAAGAUGAACGCAAAACGUAGCAUCACUUGGGUGGAUUGGUCAAUUGCUGAAGGCCCUCACCCAAGAGAAAUUGGUUCAAGUAGUUAUAACAUUACUUAUGAGUUUUUGAACAAAAUUAGGUUUGGAUCAAAGUGUGUUUACAAUGGGAACAUCACCAACAUGUGUUUCCUCUUUGCUAGAAAGUUUCUUCCAAGUGCAUUAGAGCCUUUGCUUAGGGUGUCUCCUUUGUUGUUUGGUAUUGAUCCUUAA